UGUGUGUGUGUAAGCAAGUGUGUGAAUAUGUCAGACAGCAAGAGUUUGAGCGUUUGAGAGAGAGAGAGAAAGAGAGAACGAUUGUGUGUGCAUGUACGUGUGGGUGGGUGAGUGAGUGCAUGUGUGUGUGUGUAAGUGAUUGUGUGUGUGUGCAUUGUGUGUGUUUGUGAAAGAAACAGAGAGGUUAUGUGUGUGUGUGUGUGAGUGAGCGUGUUUGUGAGUGUGUCUGUGUGUGCAUGUGAGUGUGAGUGAGAGAGGGGUGUGUGUCUGUGAGUGAGUGUGUUUGCGAAUGUGUUUGUGUGAGUGAGUGUUUGAGAGGGUGUUUGUGUGAAUGUGUGUGUGUGUGUGUGUGUGUGUGUGUGUGUGUGUGUGUGUGUGUGUGUGUGUGCGUGCGUGCGUGUAUGAGUGGGACCGUGUGUCUGUGAGUGAUCGUCCCUUUAAAACAGCAGCAGUCACGAAGCAGGAUUAGGGGGAGAAAAAUACCUUGCCUGUUCCGUUCGAUCUGUGCCCCUUCCCUCUGCCUCUCUCACACAAGCAGAAACAGCUGCCUUCACCUCCAUGGGUCUCAAUCAGAGCUCACUGUUGAAAAACAGACGGGAUUAGCAGUGAUUUGGGACGAAACAGAACAAAGCUCGAAUGUGACAACUCCUCUCAGGGAUCUACCCCUCUGCACACUGGAAAUCUCCUCUCGGUGGAAGCUGAAAGGAUGGGGGACAAGUCUGGCACAAGGGUGUUUAAGAAGUCAAGCCCAAAUUGCAAGUUAACAGUCUACCUGGGCAAGAGAGACUUUGUUGACCACCUUGACCAUGUGGACCCGGUCGAUGGAGUGGUGUUGGUGGAUCCCGAGUAUCUCAAAGACAGACGAGUGUUUGUCACUCUGACCUGUGCAUUCCGUUACGGACGUGAGGACCUCGAUGUGCUGGGCCUGUCCUUCAGGAAGGACCUUUUCAUUGCGACAUUCCAGGCCUUCCCACCUCUGCCAGAGGAGAAGAAGCCGCUGACCAGACUGCAGGAGAGACUUAUUAAGAAACUGGGAGAAAAUGCCUUUCCUUUCUUCUUCACACUCCCACAGAAUCUGCCAUGUUCAGUUACCCUACAACCAGGCCCAGAGGACACAGGCAAGGCCUGUGGAGUGGACUUUGAAAUCCGGGCCUUCUGUGCGAAGACGAUGGAAGAGAAGAUCCACAAGAGGAACUCCGUCCGCCUGGUCAUCCGGAAAGUACAGUACGCUCCGGAGAAACCAGGCCCACAGCCAAUGGCAGAGACCACAAGGAGUUUCUUGAUGUCCGACAGGUCCCUCCACCUCGAAGCCUCGUUAGAUAAAGAGCUCUAUUACCAUGCGGAACCCAUCAGCGUCAAUGUUCAUGUGACCAACAAUUCCACAAAAACCGUGAAGAAGAUCAAGAUUUCAGUGCGGCAGUAUGCAGACAUCUGUCUGUUCAGCACAGCCCAGUACAAGUGCCCAGUAGCACAGAUCGAAGCUGAUGAUCAGGUGUCUGCCAGCUCGACUGUCUGUAAGGUGUACACACUGGUCCCCCUCCUGGACCAUAACCGAGAGAAGCGAGGCUUGGCUCUAGAUGGGAAACUGAAACAUGAAGACACCAACCUGGCUUCCAGUACCAUAGUAAAGGAAGGAGCCAACAAGGAGGUGCUAGGAAUCCUUGUGUCGUAUCGGGUGAAAGUGAAGCUGGUGGUGUCACGCGGAGGGGACGUAUCAGUGGAGUUGCCUUUCGUCUUAAUGCACCCAAAGCCCAUUGAGCAACCCAUCUCCAGACCUCAGUCAGUCCUGCCAGAUUCUGAGGCUCCAGUCGAUACAAACUUGAUUGAGUUCGAAACCAAUUUCUCCCACGAUGACGACAUUGUGUUCGAGGAUUUUGCUCGACUUCGGUUGAAGGGACUCAAAGAUGAGAAGGACGAGGAUGACCAUUUCUGUUAGAGUGGCACUGCCAGGGAGGGAGGGU